AUGAUAUAAUAGAUUAAAUAAUAUUACAAAUUAGAAGAAUACAAAAAGUUUUUAAGCUCUUCACUUUUAUCUCAUUAGGUUCUCCUUAUUGAUCUGAGUUACAAUUAAAUUGGUGACGAAGGAGCAUCAGGCUUAGGCUCUGCUUUAGCAAAGUGCAUUAAUCUCUCAAAUUUGAAGCUUAAACUUUAUGACAAUUAAAUUGGUGAUGAAGGUGCAUAAGGAUUAGGUUGUGCUUUAACGAAGUGCAUUAAUCUCUCAAAUUUGACACUUUAACUUUGUGGAAAUUAAAUUGGUGCAAUUGGUGCAUCAGGCUUAGGUUUUACUUUAGCAAAGUGCAUUAAUCUCUCAAAUUUGACACUUGACCUUGGUUACAAUUAAAUUGGUGAGGGAGGUGCAUCAGGCUUAGGUUCUGCUUUAGCAAAGUGCAUUAAUCUCUCAAAUUUGACACUUUACCUUAGGUAAAAACAGUUUAUUUGCUUUUGA